AUGGCCGCCACUAGCCAGCUUCGAGAGCCGGAGAGAGUGAGUUAUUGAUUGCCUUGCCGGGAGGAGAAAAUUUGACGUAAUGACUGAUUUUUGCGUUUCCAGGUGAAUCUUCUCGCCGACACCGAUGACAGUGAUAACGAUGACGUGAAAACUGGAAGGUGCGAUUUCGUAAUAAUGCGCAAUUACACACAGAAUUCUCCUUUUCCAGAAAUCCGCAGAUGUGGCCGCUGAACUUGGCCAAUUCGGCGCAUGCGGAAGCCGGAAUCAUCGAUUCUGAGGGGAUAAUGCCGGGAUGCGUGGGCAAAGCGAACCGAAUGAUAAGAAUCGGUUAGUUUUGUAUUCCGAUAUUGUGUGGGGAUAGAAGUGUGACGAAGAAGAGAAGGAGAUCACUUUCAGCGUUCCUUCGCAAGGUGCUGGGCAUCGUAAGCUUCCAACUUCUGUUCACAAUCGGAAUCUGCGCUGCGAUCUACUCGAUCCCCAACUCCAACCAGAUUAUGCAGAAGCAGUGA